GGGGGGACGCGAUGUCCAAGCCGGUGGAUCACGUCAAGAGACCGAUGAACGCUUUCAUGGUGUGGUCGCGGGCGCAGCGGCGGAAGAUGGCCCAGGAGAACCCCAAGAUGCACAACUCGGAGAUCAGCAAGCGCCUGGGCGCCGAGUGGAAGCUGCUGACCGAGUCGGAGAAGCGGCCCUUCAUCGACGAAGCCAAGCGGCUGCGGGCCAUGCACAUGAAGGAGCAUCCUGACUACAAGUACCGGCCCCGGCGGAAGCCCAAGACGCUGCUCAAGAAGGACAAGUUCGCUUUCCCGGUGCCCUACGGGCUGGGCGGCGUGGCGGAGCACGAGCACCCGCACGGGCUGAAGGCGGGCGGGUUGCACGGCGGGGCGGCCGCGGGGCUGGUGCCCGAGUCGCUGCUCGCCAACCCCGAGAAAGCGGCCGCCGCAGCCGCUGCCGCCGCCGCCCGCGUCUUCUUCCCUCAAUCGGCCGCCGCCGCUGCCGCCGCCGCCGCCGCAGCCGCCGCGGGCAGCCCCUACUCCCUGCUGGACCUAGGCUCCAAAAUGGCCGAGAUUUCCUCUUCCUCCUCUUCCUCGGGCUCGGGGCUGCCCUACGCCUCCUCGCUGGGCUACCCGGGCGCCGGCGGGGCGGGCGCUUUCCACGGGGCCGCUGCCGCCGCCGCUGCCGCCGCCGCCGCCGCCGGGGGGCACACGCACUCGCACCCUUCGCCCGGGAACCCGGGCUACAUGAUCCCCUGUAACUGCAGCGCCUGGCCCGGCCCGGGGCUGCAGCCGCCACUCGCCUACAUCCUCCUGCCGGGCAUGGGCAAGCCCCAGCUGGACCCUUACCCCGCAGCCUACGCCGCGGCGCUAUGACCCGAGGCCGGGGGGUGCCCAGCCCCGGCUCCCGCAGGAAUGGGAGCAUCCCUAGGGAUGGAGACGGGCGGGGAGGAGGGCACCGAGCGGCACCGGGCAGCCCCGACGACCUGUUGCUCGUCCCGUCUCGCCGGGGAGAGCUUGUGUGUGUUGCAUGCGGUCUUUGCAGAUAGCCGAGCUGAAAAAGAAGAGGGGGGGAAAAAAAAACAAA